AUGAGCGACGGCUUCUCAUCAUGGCGGACCCUAGAGAUAAGGCGCUUCAGGACUACCGCAAGAAGCUGCUGGAGCACAAGGAGAUCGACGGCCGUCUGAAGGAGUUAAGGGAACAAUUAAAAGAACUUACCAAGCAGUAUGAAAAGUCUGAAAAUGAUCUGAAGGCCCUGCAAAGUGUUGGGCAGAUUGUGGGUGAAGUGCUUAAACAAUUAACUGAAGAAAAAUUCAUUGUUAAAGCUACGAAUGGACCAAGAUAUGUUGUGGGUUGUCGUCGACAGCUUGACAAAAGCAAGCUGAAGCCAGGAACAAGAGUUGCUUUGGAUAUGACUACACUAACUAUCAUGAGAUACUUGCCGAGAGAGGUGGAUCCAUUGGUUUACAACAUGUCUCAUGAGGACCCUGGGAAUGUUUCUUACUCAGAGAUUGGAGGGCUGUCAGAACAGAUUCGAGAACUGAGAGAGGUAAUAGAAUUACCACUCACAAACCCAGAAUUAUUCCAGCGUGUGGGAAUAAUACCUCCAAAAGGCUGUUUGUUAUAUGGACCACCAGGCACAGGAAAAACACUCUUGGCACGAGCUGUUGCUAGCCAGCUGGACUGCAAUUUCUUAAAGGUUGUAUCUAGUUCUAUUGUAGAUAAGUACAUUGGUGAAAGUGCCCGUUUGAUUAGAGAAAUGUUUAAUUAUGCAAGGGACCAUCAGCCAUGCAUCAUUUUUAUGGAUGAAAUCGAUGCUAUUGGUGGUCGCCGGUUUUCUGAGGGUACUUCAGCUGACAGAGAGAUCCAGAGAACUUUAAUGGAGUUACUGAAUCAGAUGGAUGGAUUUGAUACUCUGCAUAGAGUUAAAAUGAUCAUGGCUACAAACAGACCAGAUACACUGGAUCCUGCGUUGCUGCGUCCAGGAAGAUUAGAUAGAAAAAUACAUAUUGAUUUACCAAAUGAACAAGCAAGAUUAGAUAUAUUGAAAAUCCAUGCAGGCCCCAUUACAAAGCAUGGCGAAAUAGAUUAUGAAGCAAUUGUGAAACUUUCAGAUGGCUUUAAUGGAGCAGACCUGAGAAAUGUUUGUACUGAAGCAGGUAUGUUUGCAAUUCGUGCUGAUCAUGAUUUUGUAGUUCAGGAAGACUUCAUGAAAGCAGUUAGAAAAGUGGCUGAUUCUAAGAAGCUAGAGUCGAAAUUGGACUAUAAACCUGUGUAAUUUAAUAUAAGGUGUUUGACGGCUGCAUGACAGACACUGACUAAAUGUAAAAAUAAAGUUAAGGAAAAUAAUGUGUGUAUUGGCAGUGAUCUCAUUAAAACCAAAUAAAAUGUAUGUGAAUAACAUCAUAAAAUUAGUAUGUAAUUCAGUAAUUCAACUUUAAAAUUGAUACAGAAAAAAUUUGUAUGUUAAUGUUGCAUUAUUGCAGCAGAAGUUAUGAGUAUUGAACUUUUCAUAUUUGCAAUGUGAGCAUUUUGUAAAACAUUGAAAGUCAUUUGAGAUAGUAUGAGAGCAUUUCUUAUGACUUAUUUUAUAUCAUUUGUUUUCCUCAUCCUAAAACUGAAUAAAACCUGUUUGAUUUAG